AUGCAGCAAGCUGGAGUUCCCGCUUGGAAGAGAAUUGGACUAAAACUGAAAUAUGCAAAAGAAUCUCCGGAGCUCACAGCGACAUCCAACAGCAAUCAAGAUGACAUCCUCGCUAGACCAGGAGAGCUCCAAUCUUCUUCAGCAGAACCGCCAAAGAAGAAACGAAGAGUUGGUCCUGAAACAAAUGGCCAUCCCACAGAUACCGUGGGCAAUACCAAUACCUCUCGGACAGAUCAGGCAAUAGAGGAAGCACGUCGGCCCAAGAAACCGAAGAAACGAGUGUCUUUCUCUGCCGACACGAAGCCCAUUUCCUCGUCGCCAGCAGCUUCGUCGCCAGAGGAAGACUCUAAGCUUAAUGAACACCUAGCCAAUAAAAAGAAGCCAAAAUCGAAGUCGAAACAGAUGCUUCAACACGUUCCGGCACAGAGAUUAAAUGCUUCACUUGACUACCUCAACCAAUACCACACAAAUCGCACGAUUUGGAAGUUCAACAAGAACCGAGAGACCUGGAUCCUGAAGCAUGCGUUCACCGAGGACGACAUCCCGAGAGAGUACGAUAUCGCAUUGGCGAAGUAUAUCCACGGGCUACAGGGCUCUGGUGCCCGUGACAGGCUGCGAGCACAGUGUCUGGAUAUUUUACGAAAGGAGGAAGAGGCUCGACGUGAAGUCAAUGCCUCACAUGAGGACAGAGGCCAACUCCAUGAUGAAGAGUUCUCCCAGCGAUUUCGUAAGGACCUUGAGUUCAGCUCUGGGCCUGGGGGCGGCGAAGGCGGCGAAGAAUACGUAGCCUGGAUUCGGCAGAAGUCGCGAGCUCAAUUGUUACUCUGGAGCUUGGGAUUUGACGAUCGAUCAGUCGUAACAAAUGGCAUACAACCCUCCGACCCCAAGGGCGGACUGGGGGACGGGUACACCAAUGGUGAUGGCAAGCAGACACACAGGGAGAAGAAAAGGAAAAACAGGACUGCGGUUGUCGACUACGACAGCUCCAGUUCCAGCUCCAGUGACAGCGACACAGACAGUGAAGACAGUGAUGGAGAGGUCAGGCAGCAGCGCCAGGCCGAAGAGGAGACUUCCAGUAGUGGCAGUAGCGACGAUGAUACAGACAGCGAUAGCACCGACGUUGACAGCGCAGACUGA